CCGGAACCGGAAGCGCGAGAUGAUGGAGCAGUUCGUCACGGAGAACUCCGUGGGGCCCGCGGAGGUGCUCCACACGUACCAGAAGUACCGCCAGCUCCCCACGGAGCGCAAGGUCAACGCGCUCGUCGACUUCGAGACCUACUGCGAGAUCCUGUCCAUCGAGCCGACGGGCGAGACGCACAUGCUCUUCUCGCUCUUCGACGUCGAGGCCGACGGCGUCCUCGACAUCAAGGAGUUCAUCCUCGGCAUGUGCAACUACGUGCCCAUGGACCAGGACCAGCGCAUCGAGCUCGUCUUCGACCUCUACGACGAGGACAAGUCGGGCUUCCUCUCGCUCUCGGAGCUCACGGGCAUCCUCCAGGCGAACCACAUGCAGUCCAAGCAGGCCGUGCGCAAGAAGGCCGACACGAUCAUCAAGCAGGCGGACAAGGACGGCUCCGGCACGCUGAGCCGCCAGGAGUUCGAGGUCGUCUCCCUCAAGUUCCCCUCCGUGCUCUUCCCCAAGCUCGCGAAGAAGGGCGACGAGGAGACGAAGACGCUCGACUCGGGGUCCCAGCUCAUGCUCGAGUAGUAAGCGUCCUACGUGUUU